GCCUCCCCAGCGUUGCGGAGCCGGGAGCGGCGGGAGGCACCGGGAGCGGCGGAGCGCGCGGCUCGGCUCGGCUCGGCUCAGCUCGGCUUACAGGGCAAAUCCCGGCGGGGGAAGGUCAAGACAGGCGGUGAUCUGAAAUGGCGGCGGAGGAGGUGCUAGUGGACCAUGUUCAUGAGGUACCAAGUCACUACAAGGUGGUACUGGACAGACUGAAUGAGCAGCGGCAGCAGGAGCAGUUCACCGACAUCACUCUCAUUGUGGACGGUCACCAUUUCAAAGCCCACAAAGCUGUCCUUGCUGCCUGCAGUCAGUUCUUCUGCCGCUUUUUCCAGGAUUUCAGGGAGGAGCCAUUGGUUGAGAUUGAAGGGGUGAGUAACCUGGCGUUCCGACAUUUGAUUGAGUUUACCUACACUGCCAAGCUGAUGGUGCUGCAGGAAGAGGAGGCAAGCGAUGUGUGGAAGGCAGCUGAAUACUUGCAGAUGGAAGAGGCGAUGAAAGCACUCAACAACCGAAACAAUGCAGAUUCCACGCCAGACACAGUCAAGACAUCUGGCAAGAGGAAAGCCAAGAAGCGGACGAUAGCAGAAACAUCGAAUGUCAUUACAGAAACCCUGCCGUCCAUCCAGGAGACGGAGACGGUGGAAAUUGACCAGGAGAAUGUCUUUGCUACAGAGAUCGUGGAGAUCGACGCGGAGGAGAUGGAAGAAGAGGCUGGGGCUGCUGUGGUAGAAGCGGUGGAGAACCUGUCAACGGCGGACGAAUCGACACAGCCGCCUGGUGAGGUGGAGGGCUCGGAGCAGCCGGUGGAAUCAGCGCUGGCCCUGCUCGCUGACAUCACCAGUAAAUACCAACAGGAUGAGCUGGACAAGGAGCUGGAGAAGGAAGGGGAGCGGGAGUCUGCAGGCCGGUCCCGUGAGGAAUCAGAAACUUCCAUUGUGACGGAGGACGGAAUCCACAUUGUGGAAGUGCUGGCGCAGGGUGAUAAACUGUUCUGCUGUGAGAAGUGCAGCCGCUCCUUCAGACUCUUUUAUCACUUCAAGGAGCACCUGAAGGUGCACUCAGGGGAGAACUACAUAUGUCACCUGUGCAGCAAGCAGUACACGCGGGAGAGUGCCUGGAAGCAGCACCUCUCCUCCCACCGUGAAGAGGAAGGUGGGAACAAGAAGGCGCGCUGUGUCCGCAAGGUGCACGUGUGUCAGUACUGUGAGAAACAGUUUGACCACUUUGGACAUUUUAAAGAGCAUCUUCGAAAGCACACAGGUGAGAAACCCUUUGAGUGCCCAAACUGUCAUGAGCGAUUUGCCAGGAACAGCACAUUGAAAUGCCACCUGGUGGCAUGCCGAACGGGUAUGGGCGCAAAGAAAGGAAGGAAGAAGAUGUACGAGUGUCAGGUUUGCUCCAGCGUUUUCCCUAGCUGGGACCAGUUUAAGAAUCACCUGGCAGUCCACACAGGCGAGAAGCCCAACCACUGCACCAUUUGCGACAUGUGGUUCAUGCGGGCCGGCGAGCUGAGGCAGCACGUCAAGGAGGUCCACGGCGCUGCCGAGCAGGAGGUGGGCGAGGUGACGGAGAUCGUGGUGCCCGUGGAGGUUAUUGACACCGAGACGAUGGAGGGGGAGACUAUAAUUGAGCAGGUGACCGUGUAGGAGAUGGCCGUGAGAGUCGGGGGGAGGGUUUGAUGCCCAGAUCAAAUUCUCCCAAGCCCAACCGACCGGCUGAAUGCAGGCGAGUGCGAGGAGAACUUGCUGACCUGUGGUGGGUAGGAGUGGGGUCAUGAACGGGGCAAGACGGAGGCACAGACAACAACUAUGAUGGCAGCUGGCAGUACCCGCGUCAGUGCUGAGACCAUUCAGAGGCUGCAUUUCCACCUGUGUUGGACUUCCACGUUUUAAGUUUUUACAAUGGCGGCCAGAUCUCUUUUACCUCCUGACUUAAACAGAAUUGCACUCCAAGACUGUUCAAAUGAAGUCUUCUUGCCUGGGUGCAUCAGAACUUCCACAGCCUGUUGAGGGUGCGCAGGCUGCCAUCACUUGGUCUGUGGAUGUGCUGGCUUGGGGUUAUCAGGAACCAUAAGAGACAGUAAUGCUGUUUCUGCCACUGGCUGAAAACUCUGGCCCUCCACUUUCUGACUUAUGGACAAACAUUGGACGCGCCGUAGAUUGUACAUGUGCACUAUUGGAAAAACCAUUGUUGCACAGUCACAAUCACACCCAUACUGGAAGCCUUUCUCGAUGUUAACUUCAGUAGUCUGUGUUUAAUACAUAGCUGGUACAGCCUGGCUGGUCUGCCAGGAAGUGCUAAUCUUCUGGACCUUUUUAAAGGGAAUGUUGGUGCAAAGCGGAGAGGACCCUACAUGUGCUGGAGUUGUUCCAGUCACCCAGCUCCACCUGACUUCUGUAAACGUUCGCAAAGAAUGCACAGCAAUUAAAUCCAUUUAUAGACCUGUUAAUAAAAAUGGUGGCUGAUUCAGAA